AUGACAAAAUCUAUUUGUUCCCAGGUUAUCUGUCAGAAAUUGAAAAAGACGAAGGAGGAAAAAACAUUGCUAAAACAUAAAGUGAACAAGAGAGACAACAAGGUUGAAACAGUUGGUAGUCCACAUGGAAAGGACGACUUGGAUAGUGUUGAAAAUGACCAAAUCCAUCAAGAAAAAGUAACAGAUGAGCAAAAACAUGAUGUUCGUGAAAACAAUUUGUGGCAAGAGGACAACUUGCUGAUUGAUGAUGCCAUCUUGGAUACAAGUGAUGGUAAUAUAAAUGAAGGACAACCAUUUGAAACUCUCCUUGAUGUUGUUGUAUAUGAGUCAAAACAAAUACAUGAAGAGGGAGUGUGUGACCCAAAGAAGACCAAUGAAGAAUACAACCAAGAGAUCAUGAAGCUUGCAAAAGAGAAUGAAUCACUAAAAAUAAAUAUGAAAAACAUGGUCAUCAACAUGAAUAAAGAGAGAGAUACGUUCUAG